UAAUACAUGUGCUGUUAUUAUCAUUCAUAGCAAAUAACACACAAAAAGUCACAAUUAAUUGUCAAUCAAAACCAAAAACAACAUUUAAAUCACGUUUUAAUCACUAAUUGAUCGCAAAAUUUAGUGACAAAAAACAAACAACAAUUUAAAAGCUUUUUUGUUAAACAAAUUGCAUAACAAAUGGCUAACAAUGACAGCAACGAGGAGUAUAUGGAAAGCGAUAAACGCAAGUCGACUGUAGGGGCGGCCAAACGGCGGGCGUCGGCCGACGGACCGGCAAAAGGCAGCGGCGCUCAAAAGGGCGGCGACAAAGGGUCGGCCACUGGCGGCGACGGCGGCGGCGGGAAUGCGGCCAAAAAGCACAAACGGGGUAAACAGAUGCGCGACCAGAACGCCCCGCGCGCGCCACUCAACGGUUACGUCCGGUACCUCAACAGCAACCGCGAGCGGGCGAAGGCGGCCAAUCCGGGCCUCUCGUUCGCCGACAUUACCAAAGUGUUGGCCGCCGAGUGGACGGCGAUGUCCGCCGAUCAGAAGCGCCACUAUCUGGACGAAGCCGAACGCGCCAAAGAGGUCUAUAUGAAGGAACUGCAAGAAUACCAGCGCACAGAAGCCUACCAGGAGUUCCAGCAGAAGCAGCGACAGCGCAAAGAGCAGAAACAGCAGCUGAAGGCCGCGGCCGCCGCCGCCGCUGCUGGUGGUAGUGGUGGUCAAAGUAGUGGCGGUGCUAACAGUGGUAACGCUUCCAAUGCUGCUGCUGGUGCGGGUGGUAGGCAUGGAUCCAACUCUAAUGCCGAUGAGAACCAGGAGCUGAUGAUGGAAACGAUGAACAGCGGGUCGACACUGGAUCUGCCGAUAUUUACCGAAGAGUUUCUUGACCACAAUCGGGUUCGGGAAUCAGAGUUGCGGUCAUUGCGUAAACUGAACACCGAAUACGAAGAGCAGAACGCGAUUCUCUCCAAACACAUCGACAACAUGAAGAGCGCCAUCGAGAAGCUGGAGGUCGAGGCCGUACAGCAGCGCACCAACAAUCAGACACUCUCGCAACACAUCCAACACGUACGGCAGGUGUUGGUCAAGGCGUUUGCCGCGGUUGCCAUUCCGGGCACCGCCGAGACGCCCACCGCCGACACCAUCGACGACUAUAUGGUCCGAUUGCACGGCAAGUUGACCGCCAAAGAGCGCAACCGCGACACGGAAUCGGUGGCCGAUCGGGUGCGCGGUAUUGUCGCCACCAUUGACUACAGUUUUCAUUGAUUUAUUGUCAUCUAGUUCAUUUUUUGUGAUUGUAAUA